UAUCCUCGUGAAGAUUUUGUUAACGAAGAUGAUACAUUACGUAUAGGUACAAUGAAGUUGAAUGGAGAAGUUGUAAAAUUCAAUGUGUAUAAUUUUGUGAACUCGCAUUGAAAAUUUUCCAAAGAUGCAUUCAUUGGCAUCUUACAUACUAUUAUGUUCAACUUUGUGCUGUUACCAUAUUCAUAUCACGAAGGCACAACCAGAAAGUAAUUUGUGUCACAACAAAAAAUAUCAAGCUAUUCUUUUCGAUCUAACUAGAAAAGAAAGCGGUUCAGCAUGUCCAGCUACCACCGAACGAGAGAAAAAAUUUAACAAAGAAGUUUCAAUCACUGGUAGAAGUCUUUUUUUGCAAAUUGUUUACAGACGUAACGAAGCGAAAGAAAAUAUCUCAUUAGAUAUCUGUGAAAAGCCUCCUCAACCUGCUAUGGUUUAUAAUUCCAAACAGGAUACUUAUGAGAUUGGUUUCGAGUUUUACUAUGAAGAAGGCAAGAUUCAGUUGGAAGAAGAUAAAUAUCAUUGUUAUAACGCAGUAGAAAUUAAUAACCAAUCAAAAUCUCCAAGCGAAUUCGUUUCCAAUCGUUACGAUGGUAAUAACACAAAAUUUAUAUUCUUCGAUGGAUCCACCACAUUGGUUUUCCAUUGGAUAUCAGAGUUAUCGAUCAACUCAUCGGGAUACAAUAAACUAAUAGAAUGGGAGAAAGAAAAUAUUGAUGCUGUGGAAAAAAAUAUAUUAUCCAAAUGUCAAGACUAUCAGUUACACGGAUGGGAUGAGAUCAACGUAAAAAUCCAGCCUCACUCAAAAAUAGAUGAGCUGGACUCAUCGGUGAAAAGUUAUGAACUAUUGCAUGUAUCUGAAGAAAGAACCUACGGUGAAUGGUACCAAGAGUCAACGAAUCACAAAGAACAGUCUCAAGGAAUUCUGACAAAAUCACAAAUAAUUCCAGUAUGGUAUUUCGACACGUAUUCGGGUAGGCUUGCCUCUUGUACACACAUGAAUGUUAUACUGGUUUGGAAAAGUAUCGCCGAUGGGCAAUUGAAAAAAGUUGACAUUUUCAUUGCUGCAGUGAUUGGUGUUCUGAAAUGGUACGAUCGAUUUAAUCAGAAAGUUAUUUUUGGUGUAAACGGUGGGUAUGAACGACGACUUAAUUACAAAUUGAAUGACGAACGCCAGCAAUUUCUUAUUCCAAAAAUAAUAUAUCGGGUGGUCCGAGGAUCGUGGUAUUAUGAUCAGUUUGAUGCCGUGAUUGUAAUUCACAAUGAAGUGGAUAAUGUGACAGACAGUGAGAGGCUCUGCAGCAACGAUACGAUGAUUUCAGGCUGGGAUACAAUUCGAAAUGAUGACCCAAGAACUGGAUUAACAUACGUGUGUCAGCUAACAGAAGAACUUGAAGAAAAGUUAGGUAUUUGGCGAUGUUUUCGAUACAAUCCGGUAGAGCCGAUUCGUUUGGAUGCAAUUCCUUACUCUGAGCAUCCUGAAUGGGAUUACACUUUUCCCAUAGAAGAUAAUGAUAUUAGAAGGUCGGUUGAUCAGGUGUUUGAAGCGAUUAUGCGGCCGCUUAUCCCAUAGAAGAUCAUGAUUAUAGAAGUGCAGUAAAUGAAGUGUUUGAAAACAUGUUACGAAGUUCCGGAUCUGAAGAUCAUCACUACUCAACACCAUCAAUUCAAAUAUCAUUUCAAACAUCAUCAACCCAAACAACCCAAAUAUCAUCGGAAAACCCUUUAAAAGUGCGAUCUUCAGUGAAUCUUUGGAAACUGACGCCAACUGUACUCUGCAGUAAUUUCAGAAGUUUUGAAAGCUAAAUUUUCAAAAAGAUUUGAACAGCUCUUUUAAGUAGGUAGGUAAGCAGGUGUACAUAUAAACAUGUUGAGAAUUUUGAAAUGAAAUACAAACUAAAAUUAACAACUUGAAGUGACUAGCAUUAUAAUAAAAAAUAUCCACCUACGAAAUCUUUAAAAAUAAAAUCACGUUAGGUUUAAGAUAAUCUUCAAAAAAAUAAUUUCAAAAAAUUUCACGAAAGAAACAACCUUGUUAAAAUUAUGCUUAAGUAUUUCAGUUUUCACAAUUUUGAAGUACCUAUAAAUUAACAAAUUACCUUCUUUAUACAGUAAGUAAUCAUUGCAAAAGAGAAGAUUAGUCAAGUUGUUCGAUUCUAUACUACGUAUGACGAUAGCAUCAGUAUCUGUUAGCCUACGUUCAAAUUAAACUUAUAUUACCUCGAGGGCUUGAGCCU